AGAAAGUGAAAUUCUGGUAGGCAAUCCGAAACGAAAGAGGUCCACAUGAGAACAUUCGCUCCUUGAUUCUUGGUAUAUGCUUCCAGCAUCUUCCUCUCAUCCCUCACUCACUCCUUCAAUAUCAUAAUCUUUUUAUUUUCUUUAUCCAUUCUUAUUCUAUUCACUACAACAAUGCUUCACUCCACUUCUCUCCUUCCCCAUAAUAACCGCUUCGUCUUCUCCUUCCGCUCCAAACCUUCUUUUUUUCAUUCCCACUCUCUCUCUUUCUCCAAAUUUCUCUCUCUUCCAUCUUCUUCUCAAUCCUCAUGUUGCCACGUGUCUCGAAUCUCCACCGAGACCUUGGAGGUCUCGCCGCCGCCGCCUCCCGACUUCAACUUCCGCCGCGAAAUCGCGCGCCUCGCCGACCUCCGCGACAGGCUCUCCGCGUGCUCUACUUUAAACGAGAAGCUCCGCGUGAUCGACGCCGACUCCAGAGUGAAGCGCUUCUUCCGUUCCCGCCGCGGCCUCGCUGGGGUUUUGGCAUCGCUGCAAUUGAGCUCCGACCAACUGUUCCUGCUCAAGUGCGUGGUUGCCGCCGGACAAGAGCACGUGCUGUGUUUGGGCGAAACGGAAUCGUUGGAAUCCUCCGUCGCCACGAGUGCAGUGAAGAGCGCGCUUUACACUCUGGCGGAUAUGAUUGAGAAUAUGGAUUCCUUUAACGGCAAUGGCGGAGCGGGUUUUGGGAUGGCUUUGGGGGAUCACGAGAUUGCGGAGUUGAACAAUUUGUUAGAGAUUUUGGCAGAAAUUGAGCGAUUCUAUGACUGUAUUGGAGGAAUUGUUGGGUAUCAGAUAACAGUACUGGAACUUCUUGUACAAAAAUUGUUCGAGAUGCAGAAUAUAAGCUGGGCCCACCAGAGGCAUGACGUGAAAGAAUGCCAAAUUUUGGGAAUUAAUGCACCUAAUGGGCUUAACCUUUCUGAAGACACAGAGUAUGCAUCUCAAGCAGCUCUAUGGGGUAUAGAGGGUUUGCCAGACCUAGGUGAAAUUUAUCCGUUGGGAGGCUCUGCCGACAGACUUGGUUUGGUUGAUCCUAACACAGGUGAAUGCCUGCCUGCUGCAAUGCUACCAUAUUGUGGAAGGACUUUGUUGGAAGGUCUUAUAAGAGAUCUUCAGGCUAGAGAAUUCUUGUACUUCAAGUUAUAUGGGAAACAAUGCAUCACACCUGUUGCAAUAAUGACAAGUUCCGCAAAGAACAACCACAAACAUGUCACCUCUCUGUGUGAAAGACUUUCAUGGUUUGGAAGAGGUCGAUCAACUUUCCAAUUUUUUGAACAGCCUCUUGUUCCAGUUGUUGGUGCAGAAGAAGGCCAGUGGCUGGUCACCAAACCAUUCAGUCCCUUGAGUAAGCCUGGUGGUCAUGGUGUCAUAUGGAAACUUGCUCAUGACAAAGGCAUCUUCACAUGGUUUUACUGUCAAGGAAGAAAAGGUGCAACUGUGCGCCAAGUCAGUAAUGUGGUGGCAGCCACAGAUUUAACCCUCCUAGCCUUAGCUGGGAUUGGCUUACGUCAAGGAAAGAAACUGGGAUUUGCAUCUUGUAAGCGGAUCUUGGGUGCCACAGAAGGAGUUAAUGUGCUCAUGGAGAAGAAAAGUCUUGAUGGGAACUGGGAAUAUGGUGUGUCUUGUAUUGAAUACACUGAAUUUGACAAGUUUGGAAUUACUACCGGACCUCUUGCUCCAAAAGGUUUGCAGACAGAGUUCCCAGCCAAUACAAACAUCUUAUAUAUUGAUUUGCCUUCUGCGGAGCUAGUUGGAUCAAGUAAGAGUGAAACUAGUUUACCUGGAAUGGUGCUAAAUACUAGAAAGCCAAUAGUUUACACAGAUCAGUUUGGAAGACGUCAUAGUGUCUCUGGUGGUAGACUUGAGUGCACAAUGCAAAAUAUAGCUGACAAUUAUUCCAAUUCAUAUUCAUCCAGAUGUUAUAAUGAUGUGGAAGAUAAGCUAGAUACAUAUAUUGUAUACAAUGAAAGAAGAAGGGUUACCUCCUCUGCUAAGAAAAAAAGAAGACAUGGAGACAAGUCUUUACAUCAGACACCUGAUGGCGCUCUAUUAGAUAUCUUACGAAAUGCUCAUGAUCUUCUUUCACAAUGUGAUAUAAGACUUCCUGAGAUUGAAGCUAACGAGAACUAUGUUGAUUCGGGACCACCAUUUCUCAUCCUUCUGCAUCCUGCUCUCGGUCCUCUUUGGGAAGUCACUAAGCAAAAAUUUUAUGGUGGUUCCAUAUCAGAGGGCUCCGAGUUACAAAUAGAGGUUGCAGAGUUUUUCUGGAGGAAUGUUCAGCUCAAUGGAAGCCUGAUCAUAAUAUCUGAGAAUGUUAUGGGCUCAAUGAAGAUUAAUGAGAACGGUGAAUCCAUACUACAUUAUGGCCAAAGGUGUGGAAGAUGCAAAUUGCAAAAUGUCAAGGUAUUGAACAAGGGAAUUGAUUGGACUUGCGGUGAAAACAUAUACUGGAAACACGAUGUGCAGCGAUCUGAGGUGCUGCAGAUCAUACUGCAUGGAAAUGCUGAAUUUGAGGCUACUGAUGUUGUCUUACAGGGAAAUCAUGUGUUUGAAGUUCCAGAUGGCUACAAACUGAAAAUCACGCCAGGAAGCCCAGGUUUAGCAAUCAAGUUGGAUCCAAUUGAUCAAGAUAUGAUGGAGAGUGGAAGCUGGCACUGGGAUUACAAGAUAGAAGGUUCUCACAUUCAGCUAGAAUUAGUAGAAUCAUAAACCACUAACCACUUUAAAUGUCUGCUGCGUGAAUCAUGGUUCACAACUGGCAUUGGGGUUCAUUACCUAAAUAAUUUCGAUUACCAAGUGACAGGUUGAACAGAAGUUAAGCCUUUGUCACUUUUGGUUGUUUUAAUUGUAAUAUGUUGGUAGGUUUGUAAAAUCCGUGUCACUUCCCUCGUGUUCUUCUAUUUUUCCAUUCUUUCCCCCCUUUUAUUUAUUGGGAUGAUCUCAUGUAACCAACAUUGUUAAACUGAGAUCAAUUCAAUCAAUGAAUAUGGAUCUAUUUCGUUAAUUGCAAACCUCUUUUUGUA